GGCCGUCCCGUCUCUUUACCGUAUCGCUGUGGCGACCCAGGAAUUCUCGGACCGUUGAGACAGGAGGAAGGCCCUUUUCUAAGGGAUGGAAGUCUGGAACUUGGAAGACAACUCCUGGGAGGACUGAAGGCGCUCAUGGCUUCGCAUACUGUGUUUGUAUCGUUGGCGGUGAUUUUCUCUUUGCUGGCACUCUCCUAUGAAUCCGAAGGGAGGCAGGUGGUGAGGAGUGAUGAUUCCGUUCCUAGGUAUCGUGGAAAUCUUCCCAUCAAGACCCUAGCGAUGAGGCCAAGCUCAUAUCCGCAUAAGAAGGAUAUAAAAGGCAAUCUUGAUGACAUGUCUGCAGACAUAUUCAGAACUUCCUUGACACCAGUGAAUUGCCCAUAUGGGACAAUUCCCAUUCUGAGGCCAAUGGAACAUAGCCCUGAACUCUUGGAAUAUAAACAUUCUCAAAAGAGGAACCCUAUUCAGUCUAAGAUCGUCUUUUGAAGGAGGUGUACAACUUGUCUUAAAGAGCAUUAAAAUGUAUUCCGUGAUUACCAGUGUUCAGCAGCCAUUUACUUUGCCUUUUUCUAAGUACUGAUUGUUAUAUGUGCUCUUGUGAACUAGCUCAUUUGUAGUAGUACCUGGUAAAAGCUUUCAAUAUGUGGGAGUGUUAAACAUGCGUGUGGAUUUGCAUCUUAUUUCCUGUAAAUCAAAUUGGCCAAUCUCAUUGUAUUUCAA